AUGUGGCGGACAGCCAGGGACUCGGUUUGCCUGAUCUGCCGCUCGGCGGCCGUGUCCAGGAAGGCCGUCCUCGAGUCUGCACAACCAUGGAUCACUCGCAGAUCCUUCGCAACCCGCGAGCGGCCAUCGCGCAUGGUUCUCUCAAAUACCGUCGCUACCGGCCCACGAUCAAGAUCCCAGGAUAGAGACAGGCCCGAGGGCCCAUGGGGCAAUACGAACAGGACAGUCGCAAACAUCGAUCCUCGCCGCAGACGAGAACCCCCGAGACCUUCUGUCCGCGGCCGCAAUGCCAAAGACAAAGAAGAACAGGACAAGAACGCGAUUGAGGACCGCUUUAAGGCUCUCAAGAUGCAGCGCGCUCUUAUCAGCAUUCCAUAUCGCGAGCGCAUGCUGGUUAAGGCUCGUAUCUCCGAUAUCGUGUCUUUCGACCAGUUUCAGCUACUUCCUGUUGUCAAGGAGGCCAUUUUCAACGAAGUUCUGAAGGGUUUGGAGGACAUUAAACCGACUCCUGUCCAGAAACUCGCCAUCCCUGCCUUACUCGGUCAGCCACUCUCGCGUGCGCAUGCCAUAGCUCGUGCCAAGAAGCCAACAAAGCAGAGGGAUGAAUAUCUGCUUGCUGCUGAGACCGGUUCUGGCAAGACGCUGGCGUAUUUGGCCCCAACCAUACAUCACCUCAAGGUUGAGGAGACCAAAGAUGAAGCAGUUGCUGCGUACAACGAGCGCCUAGAGGCAGAAAAGCAGCGUCGUGAAGGCGAGCCUGUGUCCGAGUGGAUUGAUGAUUUUGAACCUCAUCCGUAUACGGCCCGUCCCCGUGCCAUUGUUUUGGUACCCACCGCUGAGCUUGUUGAUCAAGUUCUGGCUGUCGCCAAGUCUAUGUCACAUGUGGUCAAACUGAAAGUGCGCGGUCUGUCGGCCAAGUACAGCGUUCAAAAGAUCCAGCGCAAUGUCUACAGUCAUGGCGGCAUCGACAUGCUUGUUUCCACCCCACAUCUGCUGGCUUCUUUAGCUAAGCGGGAUCCGAACAUUCUCUCUCGCGUGAGGCACCUCAUUAUCGACGAAGCUGACUCCCUGUUUGACCGCUCCUUCUCGCCGGAAACUUCCGAGAUCGUCGAUCGCUCUAUACCCUCCCUGAGACAGCUUAUCCUCUGCUCCGCUACCAUCCCCCGUCGCCUGGACAAUUACCUUGCCGAGAACUUCCCUUAUAUUAACCGCAUCGCCACUCCAAACGUCCACGCCAUCCCACGCCGUGUUCAACUUGGUGUCAUUGACUGUUCCAAGGAUCCGUACCGCGGCAACAAGCUUCUUGCUUGUGCGGAUGCCAUUUGGACCAUUGGCAAAGAAGCUGCUGUACACGAAACGUCGGAUGGCUUGAUUGAUGUCAAGCGUCUCAUGGUAUUUGUUAACGAGCGCGAGACCACACAAGAGGUUGCCGACUAUCUUAAAUCCAAGGGUAUUGAGGCCAUCGCGCUCCACCGUGACACCCCUGAGCAACGCCAGAGUGAAUGGCUGGAGUACUUCAGGUCCAACGAGCCAUUGCAAAUUACCAAGGAGGAGGCUGAGAAGCGCAAGGCGGCGGUCCAGGCUAGGCUUGGCCCUGGGAAGCGCUACCUACCCAAUGUGAGGGUUAUUGUUGCGACCGACCUGGCAUCAAGGGGUAUUGAUACACUUGCCGUCCGCACGGUUAUCCUGUACGACGUGCCGCAUACUACGAUUGACUUUAUCCACCGGCUGGGCAGGGCUGGACGGAUGAAUAGGAGAGGAAGAGGUAUUGUGCUGGUGGGCGAUGGUGACCGCAGAGACGUUGUCGCCGAUGUGAAGGAGGCUAUGUUCAUGGGUCAGGCGCUCAUCUGA